GUCAAUUUGGCCACGGCUCCUUAAUUUCGUCUCAAAGCUGAGCUUCAGUUUGAACUCUAAGCACACCAAUGUAAAAUGCAUACAGAAUUUUUAAUGCAUCUGAAAUAUUUAAAUUAAGAGCGAACAUGUCAAUUGUUCAUCACUUUUAGCCACAUCCUGCAUCAAUACACACAAACCAUGUACAUAUAUAUGUGCACGAACAUAAAGCCUAUGUUAAAGUGCAAAAAUAAACACCUGAGCUUACACAAGCCGUAAAACUCAAAGAGUUGGACUUUGAUACUGCCGUGUGCCUUUGUGUGUGUAUCCACAGACCUGUUUAUGUGAUUUGUGACUGUAAUCCAGGAUCAGCAAGCACAAAAGCAUUGGCAAAACUCGUGACACAAACUCUGCCUUGCAGUAUUAUAGGACCUGGGAGAGACCCUCUGUACAGAGAAUCAUGACAAGACAUCUGUAAGAGCCACGUCUUCAUAAUUGGACCCUAUGGAGGGAUUUGAGGAUCCAAAAUGGGCCCUGAGGGACCUGAAUGAGAGGCUUAAAGGUUUUGUGGAGCAUGUCAAUCUGUUGGAACAGUCGAAUCGCAACCUCGAGCAACAAAUUGCGAAAUGGGGAAAGCGAAAUGCUGGUCCGCCACGGGACUUGUGUGGCAAGGAGGCGCUGGCACAGGAACUUAGAGCUCAGGUCAGUAAGAUGCUGAUGGAAAACGCAGAGGUUCUUUUGCAAUCCGAGGCUGUGAAAUUUAAGGCCUUGCGUUUGCGUGGCAGGUGUGAAACCGAAGAGAAAUUUCGCCGUCUGAAGGAACAGCAGGUGUCACAGCUGAAAAUGAAGAAGAAAGAAGUGGAGAUGACUAACAAACUGCUGGAAAAACAGAUGUCACAUUUCAAACAAGAGUUACAGCAAAUUGCAGAAGAACAAGAGAAGGAGCUGGAUCAGCACCAGAGACGAGUAAUACUGGAGUGUGAUCGAGUGCAAGCGCAGGUUGCUGCAGGGGAGAAUGGCAGAGGAAUGGAUCUCUCCCGGACCAGCACCCAGUCCGACCACUCCAGCCCAUCUUCGAGCAGCCCUGACUCGGCCACGUCACCAAAUACAGCUACAGGCUCCGGCCCGGCAUCACAGACGAGACCCAGAAAGGAUGCAGCCGGCACAUUUAUACCACAGGUGAGAGCGGGUGAAGAAGCCCUGAAGGAAGCCCGGGCUGAACUCACGGAUGCUAGGAAAAGAUGGCAUCGCCUCCAGGUGGAGAUCGAAUCGCUACAUGCCUUGGAGAAAGGUCUUCAAAGCUCCUUACGUCACACUCAGCAGCAGUACUCCAUGCAACUCGAGGAUCUCUCUAGAUCUGUGAAGAGCCUGGAAUCGGAGUUGGAAACGGUGCGGGACAGUUUGGAGGUCCAACGGCAGAACCACAUCCAGCUUCUCAACACUAAGAUGAGGUUGGAGAGAGAGAUCAGCACCUACAGGAAACUCCUGGAGCACGAGGAGGGCAGGUUUUUCAGUUCAGACGGGGUAAAGCUGAAGCCAUGGAAAGGGUCUGUUCCCGCUCUUGAGCAGAAUGGUUUGUCCAACGGAUGUGACGAGGAGAUCCCUCCGACCGCUUCCGUAGAGAAAACAGCAACUUUAAAAAGUCCAGCCCUUCAACGCCAGCAAAGCCUUGUCACUUUGACAGAUUCAACUGAAAGCCAAGACGGCGAGAUCAUCAGCACUGUGAAGACUCAAGAGGUUCUCGAAGGAAAUGUUGUCAGAGAAAGCGCUGAGGGUCAUGGAAAUGUUGAGACAGAAAAGAUUGACAAGGUGAUCAGGCAGUGGGAAGGUUCUUUCUUUCAAGGAAAUCCCAAACUGAGGAAGAAAUCGGUGUCUUUGCGUUUCAACCUCCACAUGGCCGUAGCGGACGAGGGGUGUGGCCAGACAAGAGAGGACAGUCUGCCGAACGUGGAGGUCCGUCUGGUCAUGAGACGAUCCCGCAGCAUACCCACCUUUGCCCAGUGAUGUCAUCACGACUGUGAUUGCUACAUCAUAAUUUCGUAACAGCGUCUCCGUGACAACAUCUCAGCAGUGAUGCCAUGUGACAUCAUAGAACUUUUGUCAUUUGAGAUGACCUGGCAUCACAUUGUUACAAAAAAAUCUUAAUUUGAUUAUAAAGAAACUGCUGCACAUCAAGAGAUAUUUAACAAAUUAAUUAAAAAUUUUGAUUUUAUUUUAAACUUAAAUGCUUAUGAAAUGGAUGGAGAGUUUGUGUAUAUUGCAGCGUUAUAUAUUUCGUACAAUGUGACUUAAAGACUUAUUAAGUCUCUUGCCACAAUACUUCUGCAUUUUGCUCAUUAACUAUUUAAAAACUAGAGAAAAUACUAGACUGUGAAAAAAUGUUGAGUAUGAAAAUAAACAGGCGGUCAAAGUUUUGCGGUAAAAAUGAAGUUUGGGGAAAAUUAACCUUUAGUGCAGACCAUCGCAAAAUGCCUUCUGAAAAUCAUUUUACACUUGGCUGAACUCAGACGUAGGUCUGGUUUUGCAGGUUCUGAGAGUGAACCAAAACGAAACGUUGUAAAAUUGCAAGUUUAGCAAAACUUGGCAAUAAAACGGGAGAUUUAUGUUGACAAAUUACUGUGAUGUUUACAAAAUGAGUUACAGUUAAAGGUGCGACCUAGAUGCGCAGAAGGAAAGAGAAGAUGAAACAUCGACAAUAAAUCACUUUAAUACAUUAACAACUUUGCUUUCAUAUUGGGCUGUAAAAAUCAUAUUGCUGCAUAUGGUUUAUGCUUUAUUCAAAGUGCAAACACUGUGUCUUCCUAAUCUUAAAUUAUGCAGGAUUAUUAAAAAAAAAACUUGGAAAAAAAAGUAAAUGGCAUUUUUGAUCUGCAUAUUAAAUCCAUUUAUCAUUCAAAUAAAUUGAUUUAUGAAUUUAAUAUGUUCUACCUCUAAUAGUUGAAUUGUAAAUAUGGGUAAAUUGUAAAAACAGGAAUCUUUCUGAUGCAACAAAGAAACUAAUACAAAUAUACAUUUAAUUUAAAGUUAUAUUAAAUCUGAAAUGUUUUCUUUCCGCUCUUUAGUUUCAUAUGUUCUUCAUAUCUCUUAACAGAAGAAUUGUGGGUUAUAUACAUCGGGUAAAAGUAGGAUGAUUAAAUCUUUUAUCCUGCACAUCUCACAUGCACUUUAAAAGAUUCCUUAAUCUUGUUUAUUUUUCACUGUAUUCAAUGUUUUCUUUUGACUGCAACAAAUGCUUUAAUGACUGUUAUUUUUGUUACACAUUUUUAAAUCUGUAUUUGCUCUGCCCUGCUAAAUGAUUUGGCUUAUACGUUGAAUGAGAAAUGCUAAUAAAGCUAUUAUUAUUUCUGAA